AUGGCGGGUUCGCGACGCGCUCAGUCGCGCCGCAAACCGUCGCCCCUCUUCUCAGCCUGCUCCUCCCCGCAACAUGCUAUUAUAACCCGGUCAAAGAAAAUGCCCGUCCCAGAGCUUGAAGUGCUCAAACCAGCCAAUCCUGCCAGCGAUUCGGAAGACUACUUUGUGCUGAGCAACGCACACGUCGUAUAUGAGAGCAAUGGCAAGCCCGCGAGCCUGUUGUCUGCGUACGCGGAUGUUCUGCUGCGUGUCGAAGGGCGACUCGAGCCAUUAGAUCGUAGCAUGACUAGAUGCCUAGUGAAGAAACCCUACAAACCCGUCGACGUCGUAAUUCGCAAGGUAUCGCGCUUUUCCUACGGCCUACAAGGUGACACGGUGGUAAUAUGGGCUAUGGGCGAGGCUGGCUGGUUCGAACUGCGACCGGCACGCCACUACAAGGAGACUUUCGACACCAUGGCACAGGCCGUUGAGCUGCUUUACUUUCUGGCAGACAUCUACAGCGAGCCGCGGAAGAAGGGUGGCGGACCGAACGCAUCAUUGAUAUUCCAGGAAUAUGCCGAAGACGAGCGAUUCGAGUGUAACGAUGUUGCAAGCGCCGAACAAAUAUUUCGCAAACACCACCAAUUCUUAAUGAUGCGGUUCUUGCAUCGAGCAGAAGAUAUUGGGUGGAGCAAUACACCGAUAUAUCAGUAUUUCAAGAAGCAGUAUCCCGUAUGUCGCACGCCAAUAGUAUGGAACUUAGCUGAUCCUGUACAGAAAGUCUUCGAAUCCAUAAAAGCACGAAAAGAAGGCCGCUACGACGAAGUUCCGAAAGAGCCAAGUUCCGUAAAGCCCACAACAGCACCGGCAGCGCAACCGUCCCGCUCGGUCCGUAGUCGGUCGCAUGUCGAGAAGCCAUCGGCACCACCGAAGAAAGAUGACAAUUGGUGGGAAGCUGCUGCCAUCUACGACUUUAUAAGAAGCGCCGUCAAUAAGCGCGUGCUGCGGCCUGGGCGGCACCAGAUUACUAUGGACCGCAUUGCAGAACUUAUGACCAAGCGAUAUGAGAUCGAGGAAGUAGACACAGCGCGCAAUGUACUGCUCGUGCAUGCGCAGAACCUCUGCUACAAAAUGGACCAUCCACGGAGCAAGAGCGCCAGUUUCUUGGCGGACGAGCCUAUCUAUAGGGAGCUCGAGACCGGGCAUGAUCUCCCAGCUGCAGAUAUCAGGAAAGCGCAAGCGGUGGCACUCCGACCACGAAAGGAUCACGCGCCGCUUGAGAGCGCCGAAUCAGAUAUUUCCGAUUCCGAGACCUCCAACGAUGUCGUAGUCACGCCGCAGCGACGAGCAGACGGAAGGAAGAAGAAAGGUCGACUUUCUGUCUUGCGGCCAAGGAGCAGCAAAUACUCUGGUAAAGGUAAGACUGUGCAACCCAGGAAAGGGUCAACCUCUGGGACUCGAUCCAGUGAAGAAGCGGACUCCAGCGCAGAGUCAGAAGUAGCAGAAGCAGAGCGCGACAGUGACAGUGUUAUUGAGAUUGACACACCAACACAAGCACUUUCACCAAGUCGCGAAAAGCGCAAAUUUAUCGACACCAGCGACGAUGUGGAAGAAAAGGGGAGGCGGAAACGUGCGGCUUCCUCCUCAGUCUCAUCAGAACCGAUUCCUUCCAGCUCGGAUUCCGAUGCACAGGCUGCCGAGAACGAAGUACCACUGCCCUUACGAAAUCGCUCGAAUAGUAAACCUUCCGGUUCCCAAACGAAGUCAAAUCUCGAAACUCCGAUAAUAUCUACACCCCUGCCCACCUACGAAGCGAAUGGACCUAGAGAUUCCUGGACCUGCACGUUUGACGGUUGCAAUCAGAGAAUCUACGGCGCAUCAAAGCCAAUCGGGCGGCAGCUGAUCACUGAGCACCUGGAGGAUCACGCGAAGAAUAGACAACAAGUUGUAGGCGUUGUCUGGAGAGAAAAUCAAAAGCUGGCUUUGCCUGUCAAGUUAGUCAUUUAG